AUGGAAUUCAACUCUUUUUCAUGGGCAAUCAAUUCCAUUGAAUACCCAACCGUACCACAAGACUUCUAUUUUUCUGAUUUCUUCUCCAUCAUGUUCAGUCUCACCAAAGAAUUGAUCCAAAUUACCCCGUCCACAAACCAAACCUCUGAGUUUGACUUUUCUUCUUCUGCAACUACUACUCUCAAUGAAGCGUUCUUGGUUCCCUUCGAUGUCCUGCGUAACGGAGAAGACACCGCAUUCUUACAUGAAAUCUUCUCUUCAAUGCCUAUAUCUCCUCAGAUAUUGGACCAAAUUUUACCUGUCAUGGGCAGAACCGCAAGAACAAUUCUAAGCCGUGAAGGGUGUGACUCCAGCAUGCCAGAGAUUGUUGUGAACCUUUAUGUUAGGACGCACAUUGUUGUCCAAGAUUCUGAUUUAGUCCGACUUGUGAAUCUGUUGGAAAGACCUAAAAUUGAUGAGCAAGAUGAUGAUGCUGAACAAUGCAGUAUUUGCUUGGAAGAGUUUAGACAUGGUAUCGAAGAUUCAAGUGUAGAAGUUGUUCGCACAAAUUGCUCGCAUGUGUUCCAUGAACGCUGCAUGUUCCGUUGGCUGCGGCAUUGUGCCGACCAUCAAUCACCCUAUUCUUGCCCAUUGUGCCGCUGCAUUAUAUUUCCAACUUCACAGAGAGAUUAA